AUGUCCGCAGAACAAGCCGCCACAACAACUCCUGCUGCUGAGCCAGUUGCUCAAUCAGUCCAAACCACUGACAUUGCACAAGACACUCAAGAGGUCCCUGUAACCGUCUCCAAAGAUGCCACUGAGGCCGCUCCUGCCGAUGCAGAACAAGAAACGAAACCUCAACGUAUCUUGACUCCUGCUCCCGUACCCACUUCGUCGCCAUGGAAGAUUAAUUCUGCUGAAGCUCCCAUUUCAACCAUCUCUCAAGAUCAAUUGAAUGCUAUUAGAAGCAGUAAGAAUAGAUCUCCUGUUCCAGUGAUGAAACCAACUCCUUCCUCUACUAAAUGGGUUCCAAUAAAAGCUUCUAUCGUUGUCGCUUCUGGUAACUCCAAGAAGUCAAAUAACAACAACAACAAUAGAAAAAGUAAUAACAACAGAAAACCUAACAACAACAACAGAAAUAAGCAAAAUAACAAGAAGACACAACAACAGGGUCAAAAACCAAAGGAUACCGAAAAUUCAGAGAAGCAAGGAGAUGAGAUCUCAAAGAAUGUCAACGAAGAUGCACAAGCCACUAAUGAUGCCGAAUCGCCAGAAAAGAAGCAUCACAACAGUCACUCACAUCAUCAUAAUCAUCAUAGUCACCCUCAUCCAGCUCAAGUACAGGGGCAAGAACAAGAGGAAAACGGCACUAAGCAAACGCCAAGAAGGAAAUUCAAUAAUAACCGUAACAAUACUAACGGCCGUGUAUUCCGUUCCAAAUUUCAUUACAACAAUCACCAUUCCCAUCCUCAUAACUUUCAACAACCUUUGGUUCAAUUAGGUGCCAAGACAUACCCAAUUCAACUAGUAUUGAUGGCCAUUAACAACGUUGCUGCACAAAUAGAAUAUUACUUCAGUGAUGAAAACUUGAGCAAGGAUUCCUACCUUUUGUCAAAGAUGUCUCAAGAUGGUUUUGCUCCAUUAUCUUUGAUUGGUCAAUUUUACAGAUUGGUAAAUAUGUCAUUCCGUGCUGACCCAGUUAUAAUAUUAGCUGCCUUAAGAGAAAUCGUUAGAAAUGAAUCUGCUACUGUUGAAAUUGUCAGAGGUACUUCUAAUGUUUCCUAUUUGGCAUUCAAAGAUAUGAAGAAAUCAACCGAAGAAGCUGAAUCGGAAGUUGAAGAAACAAAGGAAAAUCCAUUGAAUCCAUUUUUCAUUCGUUCUAAAAACUGGUCAAACUGGAUUGCCAUCCCUGAAAACGCAGAAAAAUUCCAAAAGGCCCAAAAUGAAGCUCAAGCUGAACAAAAAGUUACCAUCGACGUGGAAUCUGUUUUAUCAGGCGAUGUCUUGGACAAUUUCAUGAUUAAUAUCAUUCCAGUUCCAAUCCCAUCCCGAGUUGCAGUUCCAGUUGCCACCACAGAGAUUGCAGCCGAACAACCAGUUGCUGAACAACAGGAAAGUGAAGUCACUACCUCAUCGACAUAA